UACAUUUAUUCUAUGAUAAUUUAGUUGAUUAAAAUCAAUGACUUACGCACACUCCUAUAAAGAAAUCAAGAAUACUUUUUGAUAACAACUUCAUAGAUAUAUUUUCAAGAAAAUGUGGUUAAUCACUGUGCGUUCUUCUAAGAAGAGGCUUAUCAAUCAACUAUAAAAUAGGACAAUCAAUUACAACCUGCAAUAACAUCCAAUUUUCGCUGACUGUGUUCUAAAAAAAUAGGUUAUGUUCUGAAAGAAUAUAUAAAACUCUCCAGUAGUAUUACAAACUCUAUAUAAAUAUCUAAAAAAGUUGAUAAAGUUCUCAAUUAUACAACUAUCAUCCUUUUAAUUAUUGCCUAAAAAUAGAUAUAACUAUAUAUUGUUUAUUAUUGUAAAAAAAAAAAAUUGAAAUCUCAAUUCUGAAUUGUUGAUGUUGUUGCACCAACGUUCCUACUUUCCCAACACUUCACCGGUAUAGAGGAAGAAGACGGCCGAGUAAGAGAGAAUGAGAAAAUAAAGAGAGAAAAAGGAUCUUGCGUUGGCAUUUUAUUUUGAUGUCUACAGUCAGUUGGCUACCGUACGUUGGCGUCAUUUAAGUGUAUUAAUCAGUAAAAGGAAAAAGAACGAGUGAGCUAAAGUGUUCAAAGAUAUUAUCAACAUUGACGGUUCUCGUGGACUGACCCAGAACUCCGGUAUUAAAACGGCGUCGUUUCAACGCAUGAAAAAACAUUGAUUAAUUCGGGUCGAUAUGAAACGGAGUACUGUACAUAUGUAAUUCCAACGGCAUUUCUGGAUCCCGCCUACUAACACAAUUAUAAACUAUACGGAUAGCAAAAUUCCUCGUACAAGAGUCGAGAGUAAAACGAGAAGCUUUGGUAAGGCCGCGUGGAUUAGGUCAUCGUAUUACAGCAUCCCGGGUGUUCGUUUUGUUAUUCUCUCCUGCUGAGUCAUAACAAACAAAAAUGGAGCAAGGAUUUCCUGGACAGCACACCACGACAACAACAGUCACUACAUCAUCGACAACACAUCAACCAAAUGUGAGAUUCGAUCCAUCCUACAUCAGGAGUUUACCGGGCAUGUUAAAAUGUGCACAGAUGGCUCUAAAUCUCUUGGGAUUUAUUUGCAUCACUUGCUCCGCAUUUGGAUCUCAUAGUCGUGGAAAUUGGUUCAAUACAGUAGCCAUGCUAGGUUUUUGGUUCACUGGAAUUCUCUUGGGACUUUAUUUAUUCCAUGUAGUGGAGAAAUUUUAUAGGGUACCAUGGAAUAAAAUAGAAUUCAUUUUCUGCGCGAUUUGGAGUCUGUUUUAUCUCCUGGCUGCUUCAUUAGCUGCUGAUUUUGCUCGAGGAAGAGAAGCUUAUGGUGCGGCUGCAUUCUUUGGAUUUUGUGCCCUGGGUACCUAUGCUUUUGAUGCCUUCUUGAAAUUCAAAGCAAUAAAGAGUGGAACUCCAGCCCAAGGUCAACUACAUGAAAGUACUAAACAAGUAUCGACUGUAACAAGUCCGGCUUAUUAAUGGCAUAUCAAGAAGAAGGAGAACAUAAAUCUCAUUCAUGUUCAUCAUAUCCAUUCGACAUAUUAUGUAUACCUACCUCUACAUAAAAUCAUAAUCAAGUGUCUAAAUUAUUAACUAUAUUUGUCAGUUGCUGUAAAUUUAUAGAUUAUAUAGUGCAGUUGCCUAUGCAAAAUUUUUUUGCGUGCUAUUAGUGGUGUUGAUAGUUGGAUAAAUUGGAUUUAUUAAAGAUUCAAUAUUAGAAAAAAAAA